AUGUCUAUUGGUGUCCCAAUCAAAUUACUUCACGAGGCCCAAGGCCACGUUGUAACCCUAGAGUUAAACAAUGGUACUGUUUAUAGAGGAAAAUUAUCAGAAGCCGAAGACAAUAUGAACGUACAACUUAGAGAAAUUACGGUGACAGCACGAGAUGGUCGUAUAUCUCAAUUAGAUCAGGUGUACAUUAGAGGUUCCCACGUUCGGUUCUUCAUUGUGCCAGAUAUGUUGAAGAACGCACCGAUGUUUAAAAAAAUAGGACCAAACGCUAUGAAAGGAAGAGGAAUAGGAAUGGGCAGAGGAAAGGCCACAGUUGCAAGAGCUCAAGGUCUACUCGAGGAGGCAGAGGAAGAGGCUUCCGUGGUGGAGUUCGUGGUGUCCGCGGCCGCCCAUAGUAACUGA